AUGAACUCUAGAGAAAAUGAUCUUGAAACACCAUGUCAUAUUACUUUUAAAAGAUUCUAUAUAAAAAAAGUCACUAUAAACAGAAGACCACAGCUUCUUCAAUAGACAAUCAAGGAGAGACCAAAAAUAGCAUUUGGGUGCAACAUCAAAUGUGCCCUCAAGGAUCGUUCAGAACAACCGAGCCUAUUUUAUGAUAAAAAGUACACUUGCAUUGAUAAACAUCAUGGAGUGCCAUUAAUAUAGAGUGCAAGAAAUAGUAGGACCAAGAGUGAGUAUGACGGAAACGAAAAAAAUAAAAAGACUUAUAAAUUCGAUGAGUUUUAAAAUUCAAAGAGUUUGUCCCUAUCAUUCUAACCAUAAAAAUAUGGUUAAAAAAAGAAAGUACCAAUCCAUUCGGACCCACUUAAUUAUUUGAAUAAAUUUCUCCCUAUGACUUCCAGGUAGCUGAAGGAGAGCUUCAUUAUGUUAUUGAAAAAACACUAAUCGGGCCAUAUAAAUUUGGAAUAAAAAUGA